AUGCUGUCAGAUAACAUGAAACAAAAGAGCGAAAAGAAACUCAUUGCUGACUUCGACGCUGUUUCAUUAUAUCCAUCCGCUAUAGCAAGACUUUAUACUUUAGAAGGAAUUCCAAAGGUUAUGAAGGAUGAGAUGCUAAGCACAGAGUAUCUCAUGAGACAUUUAUUCGAUGACGACCAAAAGGAACCCAUUGGUGAAAAGUUUAUGUCUGGCUUCUUUGUUCUCAUUAAGAUAACAGAGAUUGGAAUACAUAGACACUUUCCUUUAAUAGUUUGUGACCCUGAACUAAAUCCAGAACUUAACGUUCCCAGAAGUUCAAACACUUGCUGUCUCAUGUAUGUUGACCAUAUAACAUUACAAGACCUCAUAAAAUAUCAAGGUGUCAAAUGUGAGGUGUUGCAAGGAUACUAUUACGAUGGAAACAGAGAUAUUAGAAUAAGAGAUGAAGUAAAGAAGUUGUUUGAGUUAAGGUUAAAGUAUAAGAAAGAAGGAAAUCCUUUGCAAGAAAAUAUAAAGCUCAUUCUGAACAGUAUUUAUGGCAAAACUAUUCUAUCUCCUAUUGAGUCAAAAAUAACCAUAGUAAAUGACAAAGAUGCUAUAAGAUAUGCCAUCAGAAACUACAACCAUAUAGUGAAGUUCGAAGGUUUGGAUGGUUCAGAUAAAACUAUUUUCAAGCUAACGAAAAGCAUUUGCAGACACUUUAACUUCUGUCCACUUGGUGUUAACAUUCUGUCUAUGUCGAAGAGAAUAAUGUGUGAAGUAUUCUGUACUGCUGAGGACUUAGGAAUGGACAUCUUUUAUAGCGAUACGGACAGUAUGCAUCUCUACAAUGAAGAUAUCCCUCGUUUAGCUGAAGAGUUUGAGAAACGUUAUGGAAGAGUUCUCAUUGGUAA